AUGACCCCCAGGACUGAGGGUUUGCCCGCUGCUCAGAUAACCAACAAGAGCACAGACAGCAAUAACUACAACAUCUACUACUUUUGGCUGAGAAUUUUCGAGAAACCGGACCGCGCUCCUAUCACCCUCCUGCCUGGGACCAACCUGUGGGACCCGAGGCUGGCGCCCGGGGCCCCUGAUGUUCAGCGGCCACAGGGUCCAGGGUCCCAUCUGGAGCAGGAAGACCGGCACGGACCCCGAGCCAUCACCGGGGCCACGUGUCUGAGCACCCGCCCCGUCCAGGACUUGGGGGGAGACUCGGAGAAGGGACCAGAGGGCGAGCCUGGUGUUGGGGGCCAGCGGGGAGGCUGCUGGACCGACCAGGCGGGAGAGGAGGGGGCUGGACAGGGAGGCCCCCAGGACUCGGGGGGAGGGGACGACGCCCGGGGCACUGGCUGGAGGGGCCCUUUCCUGGGCUGGGGACCCCCACAAGGGGCAAUGGGGAGGGUCUUUGGGGGACGGGGGGCCGUCUGUGGGGCUUGUCUGAGCCCGUCUCUCCUCGGGUCAGGUCCCCCAUCAGCCCGAACGCUCCCGAGGCCCCGGAAGAAGCGCACCGUGUACCUCAAGGAGCAGCUGCAGGAGCUGGAGAGACACUUCUGGGCCAACCGGUACCCGAGCUACCAGGAACGCGUGGCCCUGGCAGCCGGGCUCAACCUGGACGAGCACCAGGUGCAGGUGUGGUUCAAGAACCGCCGGGCCAAGCACUCCAGGCUACCCAAAGGGCGAGGUCGGGGAGCUCACAUGGCGCCAAGGGACCCUGGAGCCCCCAACUCCCGCUCUGUUGAUGCCCCUGUCGACGAAUCCGCCCCUGUCCCCGAAUCCGUCCCUGUCCCUUUUCCUGUGCCUGCUCCUUUCCCUGCCCCUGUCCCUGCUGGCCCCAUGUUCCCAGGGACCCCAGGCGUCCGCAGCCCCGCUCCGCACGGCCCCUCGAGGAUGCACCCAGCAGCAGAGCCCGGCACCUGCAGCCGGGACCCAGCCUGGUGGGCCCCAGAGCUGGGCUCCCAGGAGUCCGUCCCCGCCCCCGCCCCUACCUGGCCUCAGAACUCCUUUGGCGCCGACUUUGUGCCAGACCCCUUGCUAGCCCCCAAUUCCACAGCGGUCUUCUCACCCCAAGACCCCCUGGAGGGACCCUCUGACCCCGUGAUGUCCGGAUACCAAGAAGAAGAAGGCCCUGCAGAGGACGACUCGGAGCUCAUGACGUUACUGAAUUUAUAGGGGAAUCUGCCCCCCAAAAGUCCUCGAGUUCCCGCGGAGCCAGAGGGGACUAGGGUGUCCCGGGCCCGCCCACCCCGCGUCCACGUGGGUGGGGACGUCGCGGGGGGGCGGGGGGUGGUCCAGCCGCGCAGCCGAUCCCUCCCCUGCGGCGGGAACACACCUCGGUCCAUCCCACCUGUGGAGGUGGCACCUGUUCCCUGGGUGGCCCCCACGCGUGGCGCUGCUGUGAGUGUCCCCGCAGCAUGUAGGGCACACGUGAGUAUUUAUGUGGGGUCCCAGGGGUGGCAUGGAACCGAUGCCCCCCGUGUCUGCUCCCUGGAUGCUCCGAGAGCCUACUCGGUGCCUUG